UUGCCCCAAGUCACAGUGUCAGGAAGUCUGGCUUUAGAUUCUGUACCUUUCUGCCUUCCAACAGUCACCACGUAUAUAACCAGCACUCCAUAGAGUGGGGACUUUGACCCUUGAUGAAGAAGCUAUAAUCUGGGCAUAAAAACUCCUGCCCUUCAAGCGGCUGAGAUGUGAGAGGAGUUCUUACCCCGCUCAUUGAAAUCACCAUUUGCUAUUUUGGCCUCGUCUGUGAAGUCCUGGUGCUUGAUGGCCGAGGCCAUCUCCUGGGCCGCCUGGCGGCCAUCGUGGCCAAGCAGGUACUGCUGGGCCGCAAGGUGGUGGUUGUGCGCUGUGAGGGCAUCAACAUUUCUGGCAAUUUCUACAGAAACAAGUUGAAGUACCUGGCCUUCCUGCGCAAACGGAUGAACACCAACCCGUCCCGCGGCCCUUACCACUUCCGAGCCCCCAGCCGCAUCUUUUGGCGGACGGUGCGAGGCAUGCUGCCCCACAAGACCAAGCGAGGCCAGGCCGCCUUGGACCGCCUCAAGGUGUUUGACGGGAUCCCACCGCCCUAUGACAAGAAAAAGCGAAUGGUGGUUCCCGCCGCCCUCAAGGUUGUGCGUCUGAAGCCUACCCGGAAGUUUGCCUACCUUGGGCGCCUGGCUCAUGAGGUUGGCUGGAAGUACCAGGCCGUCACAGCCACCCUGGAGGAGAAGAGGAAGGAGAAGGCCAAGAUGCAUUACCGCAAGAAAAAGCAGCUCAUGAGGCUACGGAAACAGGCCGAAAAGAACGUGGAGACGAAAAUUAACAAAUUCACAGAGGUCCUCAAGACCCAUGGACUCCUGGUCUGAGCCCAAUAAAAUUGACUGUUAUUCCUCA